GUUGAAGUAGGCGUCCUCCUUACAAAUAUGUGUUUCAGUCUUGUGGCGUGGACCUUAAGUGGGGAAACGUAGACUUUAAAGUUCUUUCACUGAGGGACGUUUUGGUGAGUUUUGCGAAACAAACACAUCCUACGGUAGCUGAAAAUGACCAGGAAGAGAUAACGCUACAAUGUGACAGAAUAACAUUACACCGUGGAUGUCAGAAGUGUAACUUACUGACUGCCAUGCUGUUGAAUGUAACAGUCCUAGCAUGCCACGCAGGCAACUAUCCUUACCAAAUACAAGAAAACUUUGGCUGCAGCUGACAAGUAUGUGUGGCCCGCGCAUUAUAAUAUCUUGACAUUCAAUAUAUUUCUUCCUGCAUUGGAUUCACUUUUCUGUUUUUUGAAACUGAGGAAGAUGAAGAUUAGGAGAUACUUCAGGGGGAGUGGGAGGGUACUGGCAUUUGUUUUCAUCGCCUCUGUCAUUUGGUUACUGUUUGACAUGGCUGCGCUUCGCAUAUCAAUAAAUGAUGUGAACAGUCAGCUGCUGAAGGAGCGUGUGAUACAGGAGAGAGAGCUGAUUAGACAGCAGUCUGCCAAGGUGACACAGCUGAUGAAAAGGGGGUUUAAGCACCCAGUGCAGAGGGUAGACCUGGAUGUUGACCAUGCAGACACGGGGCAACACAAUCCAGGGAACAAAGUAGCUCAAGUGUACAGGCAUGGAGAUAAGAAGCAUGACCCGAUACCGAAGGACACCAAACUGGGCUCUCUGCAGCCACAAGGGCACAAUGAACCCAAGCCCACCAGCUCUAAAUCUGCUGUUUCUGAACACCAUGAAGCAGCUGUCCUGCACAAUGCCACAUCAAAGCAGGGUCUUCCUGUGAAAACAAGAGCACCUGCCAAAAAAGUAGAUAAAGUAGAUAAAGUAGACCUGACUGAGACAAAAUCAGAAGUAAAGAAAAGUGUGCAUGGUUCCAUUAAAGUGACAUUACCUGCCGUAGUGCCUGAUAUAACCAAAGUGCCACCUGGUGUUCAGGAGAAAAAACAUCCCCCCCUUCCUACCUCAGAGAAGAAACCCUCCAAAGUUGGAGAUGCAAUAGGACAAAUUAUAGAUGGUGUGGAUUCAAAAACAAAUGUCAAGGAUGACCCUAAGGCCAAGAGCGGUAAAGAAGUGAGCCAGCUCAAGGCCAACGACGUGCAUUCUGUCAAAACGUCUUCUAAACUUUCAAAUAAGGAUGUAAAAGAAAACGAGGUGAAAAUAAAGAAAGAGGAAAAACAAGUCAAAGCGCUCGGCAGCAGUGACCCGAGUGCAGUAAGGGAACCCGUGAAACCUGCAAUCAAGCCGAAGCUACCGCAGGGAAAGGACUCCAAGGAUAACACCACUGCUGUAAGGAAACCAGGUGUCCACAAAGUGCUUUCUCUGGAUGUGACUGUGGCUCCAAGAGAUCCCACUGCGGUGGGCCAGUUUGGUCAUGCAGCAAUGGUUCCCAGCAACAAAGAGGGGGAGGUGAAGAAGAGAUGGAGCGAAGGGCAUUUCAACGUCUACCUGAGUGACCAGAUCCCCUUGGACCGUGCCAUCCCAGACACCAGGCCUCAGACGUGCACAGAGAAUCUGGUCCACGACGACUUGCCCUCGACCAGUGUGAUUUUCUGCUUUGUGGAUGAAGUAUGGUCCACGCUCCUGCGCUCGGUGCACAGUGUUCUCAACAGAUCUCCACCACACCUCCUCAAAGAGAUCAUCUUGGUGGAUGACUUCAGCACCAAAGACUAUCUGAAGGAGCCGCUGGAUGUGUACAUGUCCCAGUUUCCCAAAGUGCGAAUCAUUCGGCUGAAGGAACGGCAGGGCCUGAUCAGGGCCAGGCUGGCUGGGGCGGCCGCUGCCAAAGGUGAGGUUCUCACCUUUCUUGACUCCCACAUUGAAUGUAACGUGGGCUGGUUAGAGCCACUGUUAGAGAGGAUCUAUCUGGAUAGGAAGAAAGUUCCAUGUCCUGUUAUUGAAGUCAUCAAUGAUAAGGAUAUGAGUUAUGUGCUGGUUGACAACUUCCAAAGAGGCAUUUUCAAAUGGCCUUUGGUAUUUGGCUGGAACACAUUAUCAGACGAGUACAUUAAGAAGAAUAACAUGAGCAUCACAGAUCCCAUCAGGUGUCCAGUUAUGGCUGGGGGCCUUUUCUCCAUAGACAAGAAAUACUUCUAUGAACUUGGCUCCUAUGACCCUGGACUGGAUGUGUGGGGUGGAGAAAACAUGGAAAUUUCUUUUAAGGUGUGGAUGUGCGGAGGGGAAAUAGAGAUUAUCCCCUGCUCUCGAGUGGGACACAUUUUCCGAGGCCAGAACCCUUACAAGUUCCCUAAGGACCGUCAGAAGACUGUGGAGCGCAACCUGGCUAGGGUGGCUGAAGUGUGGCUGGAUGAGUACAAGGACAUUUUCUACGGCCACGGCUACCACCACCUGCUGGAUAAAAGUGUCAUUGACAUUGGAAAUCUCACUGAGCAGAUUGAGCUCAGGAAGAGGCUCAAAUGCAAGAGCUUCAAGUGGUACCUGGAGAAUGUGUAUCCAGAUAUGGAGGCACCAUUGGUCAAAGCUGAGGGCCUGAUAUUCAAUCGUGGCUUAAGGAAAUGCCUCGCUCUGCAGAAAAGCUCACUGUCCUUUGAGAUAUGUGAUCUCAGUAAGCAGACUCAGCACUUUAAUUACACCUGGAUGAGGCUCAUUCGCCAGCAAGAUUUAUGUGUCGCUCCUCAGGGCAAGGAAACUGGCCUGACUCUAGAAAUAUGUGAUAGUGCCAAGCCCAAUCUCCGCUGGUACCACAAGGCCUCCAACUCAGCACUGGGCGAGCACAUCUUAGCAGAGUUUAUUCCUCACCAUAUGUGCCUGGAGGCGGGGCAUCAUGGUGACACUAUCCACCUCAGCGAGUGUGAAUCCAGCAAUGCCUUCCAAAAGUGGCAGUUCACACACUACUAUGCUAAAUGAUGGGGCUGAAGGAGUUACAGUGUUCAACAUGCACUCUCAGUGGACUCUAAGUCUGUGCUGCAGCACUGACAUUCAACUGUCCAAAACAAGUGUUGUUGGCAGUAAUACGUUCACUGCUGAUGUUGUGUUGCUGUGAAGGAGAUGGUGUGGGGAUGUGCAUUAUUGUAGCCCUUUUCUCUGUAUCAGCCUUGACUGACCCUGACUUUAAACACUAGCGUCAGAGAACAGAGAGCAUCUAGUCACUGUGACAAAGUAACAGUUUUUUGGUUUUACAUGCUGGAAAGUGUGGUCUGGAAGCUAAUUUUAGAAAAGACUUUCUACACAGGCAUUUGGUAAAUGGACCACAGAUGUGGCCGAGAGGACUGUAUUGUAUUCAGCUUCAGAUGAUGUCCAUGGAAAAACAUUAUAUUGAUAAGUUUAUUACUACCACUUACAGUUUGACUGCCAAAGAUCAAAUGGUGCCUCAGAGUAAGCCUGACAGCAUUUUCUUGCUGUGUUCAGUGUAGAGAAUGAAUUUAAUGUAAAAUUAAAAUGCAUGCUGUGUGUCAAAAGCUUUUUUCGUUACUCUGCAUGUCACAUCUUAUGAUGAGACAUCUACUUUUUCUAGAUGCCGUGUACAUUGUGUUAAGUUUGAUGAGGCACCUGGGAUCAAUGACUACUUUGGGGGUUGUAAUUGCUACAUUAUUUAGGUUUAGGAUUUGUUAAGUGUGGUGUCUCCCGUUUGGUAUACAUUUCUUACCACUAGAGGGGAGUGUUGUCUCAAGGUACCCAAUAAAGCUGUGCUGUGACUUAGUUAUUUUCUGACUGAUGAUCAAAAUCUUACCCACAAAUCAAUGAAAUUUCAAUGCAUUUUCUUACAAAAGUAGAAAUAAAGAUGACUUAA